AUGUUGCCUUCUCGUAUUCUUCUUCCUUCAGUGCUGGGUCUUCUAUCAGCCGUCGAGUGCUUAAAUGCCUCGCAUUUCACUUGGUAUACGUCCGGCGCGUCGAAUUUUGCGUCGACGCUGCCAAUUGGAAAUGGCCGACUGGCUGCGGCGGUGUGGGGAACCCCGGUUGAGAAUAUUACAUUGAAUGAGAAUUCCAUCUGGGGCGGUCCGUUUGAGAAACGCGCGAACCCAGAUGCUUAUGACGCCCUAGCGGAAGUUAGAAAGCUGCUAAAAGAUGGGAACAUCACUGAAGCCGGGCAACUUGCUCUCUCUGAUAUGGUCGCUAUUCCGGACUCCCCGCAGAGUUAUCACCCUCUUGCCAGCUUGAUUCUGGACUUUGGCCAUGACCGAGAGGGGAUUGAAGACUAUGUGAGAACAUUGGAUACUUCCACUGGAACUGCGCAGGUUAGUUAUGUUUAUGAUGGAGUCAAGUAUACUCGAGACUUCAUUGCAAGUUAUCCUGGGGAUGUGCUUGGGUUUAGGCUCUCCGCUAGUGAGAAGGGGAGGCUGGAUGUGACUGUUUCGUUGGAAAGGAAGAAAUAUGUCUUGCAUAAUGAGGCAGAGGAAGCCGAUGGAGUGGGUAAGGUGCUUCUGCAAGCCAUCACGAGCGACGAUGAGAAUCCGAUCCAGUUCAGUGCUGGUAUGCGAGUCAUAGCGGAUGGAGGAGAUGUCACGAGCAAUGGUUCCUCUAUCAGCGUGCGUUCUGUCACGACCGUGGACAUACUUUUUGAUGCAGAGACAUCGUACCGUUAUGAUAAUGAAGAUAAAUGGGAGGCCCAACUGAGUGAUACUUUGGACGCUGCAGUCGACAAAGGAUACUCUGAUCUCCGAGAGGAAGCCGUCACGGAUUAUACCGCCCUCAUCGGUCGUGUGAAUUUAGACUUAGGCUCAUCCGGAUCUGCUGGCAAUCAGACAACGGACAUGCGAUUGAAGAGCUAUAAAGAGAACCCCAAUGACGAUCCGGAGCUUGUCAGUUUGAUGUUCAACUUCGGUCGCCAUCUGCUGCUUGCCUCGUCGAGGCGCUCGGCUUCUCCUUCAUUGCCGGCCAACCUGCAGGGAAUCUGGAAUCAAGAUUAUAGUCCCGCAUGGGGAGGCAAGUAUACGGUGAAUAUUAAUUUGGAAAUGAAUUACUGGCUCUCUCAAGUCACAAAUCUCGCCGAGACAUUUGAGCCGUUCGUGGAAUUGUUGGAGACGGUCCGACCUCGCGGAGAAGAAAUGGCCAGGAGCAUGUAUCACUGUGACGAUGGGGGAUUUGUCUUACAUCAUAAUACUGAUCUUUGGGGGGACACAGCGCCCACUGACAAUGGCACCGCCUAUACGAUCUGGCCCAUGGGCGGCGCGUGGCUGGCGUCUCAAGCCAUGGAGCAAUACCGCUUCACCCAGGACAAGGCCUUUCUCGAAGAACGCAUCUGGCCUCUUUUGCAGAGUGCGGCCCGGUUCUACUAUUGUUACCUUUUUACUUUCGAAGGCUACUAUAACACCGGACCGUCCUGCUCCCCUGAGGCCUCAUUCCUCGUACCCGAUGACAUGGCCAAGGCAGGCAGCAAGGAAGGCAUCGACAUCGCCCCAACGAUGGAUAACUCCCUGUUAUACGAGCUCUUCACAGCUGUAAAUGAAACAUGCGUCACACUCUCCCUGGCUGAUAACGACGACUGCACCACCGCAGCCAAGUACCUCGCCAAGAUCAAAUCGCCGCAGAUUGGAUCGACCGGUCGGAUUCUCGAAUGGCGCGAUGAAUACGAGGAAUCAGCCCCGGGCCACCGCCACAUGAGUCCAAUAGUCGGCCUUUUUCCCGGUUCUCAGCUGACCCCAUUGGUAAACAGGACCCUUGCGGAGGCUGCCAAGGGCUUUUUGGAUCGUCGUAUUGAGCACGGCAGCGGAAGUACCGGCUGGUCGCGCGUCUGGACAAUGAACCUCUAUGCGCGGCUUUUUGAUGGCGACUCCGUAUGGAACCAUACGCAGACCUUUUUGCAGACCUACCCGAGCUCGAACCUGUGGAAUACGGACGGUGGCCCCGGCACUGCCUUCCAAAUCGACGGCAACUUUGGGUUUGUGUCGGGCAUCGCGGAGAUGUUGCUGCAGAGUCACGAACUUGUGCAUUUGUUGCCGGCGCUGCCGGCAGCAGUGAACACAGGGAGUGUUUCGGGGUUGGUUGCCAGGGGCAAUUUUGAGAUCAGUAUGCAGUGGAAGGACGGAGCGCUGGAGGAGGCAACGGUCCUGUCGAAGGGCGGGGGGAAACUGGCGGUUCGAGUGCAGGAUGGGCAGUCAUUCUCGCUGGAUGGGAAGGAGUACACAGGUCCUAUUGCGACUGAGGCUGGGUCGACAUACAAAAUCAGCCUGUCAUAG